AUGGAUUCAUUCGAAGCUAGUACACAAUUCACACAGAUUCUUAAGGGUUUGACACCCUCUAUUCAGAAUUUGACGAGAGCAGCACACUUUGCAUUAAAGAAUUCUGAAAGUGAAGAUUACUUAUUUCAUACAAUCAUAGAUACUUUAGAUGACCCAAAUAUAGAACUAAACACCAAGUCUACGAUUUUCCAAUUUAUAGAGGUGUUGAUGCAUGAGUCAUUGGUUAUAUCACUGCAGCCUAAAUCCCACUACACAUAUCCGUACGUGCACAACUUGAAAAAUUCUUUACCUAAAAUUUUGCUUAAAGUAUUACCAGGCUCGAACAAUUCAAGUCUAUACAAUGCUUAUAAUAGUUUGAAAAAUAUAUCGGAAACGUGCAAAGUUAAUUAUGAUGAAUACGAGAAGAAGUAUAGCGGUGUAUCCGAUUUAUUUACAGAUGAAGACUUGGAGAAUAUUGAGGCCAAUUUGCCAUUUCCUGACAUCAAGGUGGAAGACGAGAUUGAGGCAUCAGAUCCUUUGAUAACUACGUGGGACUUACUAAUCAAGAAGAAGAAACAGAGUCAAUACGAAAGAUUGCGGUUGUUAAAACACCAGAAAGUGAUUGAUGAAUCCGUGGAGGAAGAAGAUAUGUUCAAUUACAAAGGAGGCAAAUCACAAAAAGAUCGAAGUAAUGGUAAAGCAAAUGAACUUUUACUUUCAAAGAAGCAUAUUUUGUUGAGAAUGGAAGAUGAUAGAGAAACUCAUAAGAGAUCGAAAGAAAAUAUAUGGGUCGUAAAUAGACCUAAGGAUACUUCUAUUUUAACGGAAGAUGAGUUUUUGGUUCAUUAUUGGAAUAAAUAUAGAGUGAUGGCAGAUGAAGAAGAAAAAACAUUUAUCGAUAGCCUUGACGAGCUCAACAGUUUAGUGGCUGAAAGUUAUAAGGAUAAGCAGUUUUAG